AAUUACAGUUUAAUUGACAAUCAAUAAACAGUCGCUACUCUCCAUACUGCCAUAACAACAACAAUGACAGAAGUACUUCUGAAAGCCGAACAAGCCCCAACAGGGGUCCCAGCUCAGUCUCUUGGCAAGAAGGAACAUUUUAUUCCAAUCAACACUGGUGCUUACACAUCUGUGGGCCAAGCAACAAGCGGAUACCGAACAGCGAAAUACACUCCAGAAGAAUGGUUUCAAAAUAAUUAUUCAAAGUAUUACCAGUCUUUUACAGACAGAGAUCAUGCCGAGCGCAUUCAACAUGAGUCUAAGAAGUUGGCUAAUGAGACCGAAGCACAGACGAACAGAACUCAAGCUGAUGUAACGAAAAAACUUGGUGAAAGAAUUCAUGACAUCAAUUUCUGGAAAUUCGAACUCCAGAGAGAAAUCGAUGACUUGAUUGCAGAAACGGAAUUACUUUUUCAGCAAAAGGUGAGAUUGGACAAGGCGUUGGAUGCAACUGAAAUUCCAAUGAUGAUUGCAACUGAUGAUCUUGAAUGUAGAAGCAGACGGCAAGGACCUGAUCUAGUCAAAGAUAAUGUGGAAAUUCAGCUGCUGAAGGAAGUGGAUUUGAUCAAAUCUGUUCAAGAUCUGUUGAAAAGAACAAUUGAACAAACUGAAAACCAAAUCAGAAUGAAUCGAGAUGCCAAGCAUAACUUGGAAUUGGAUUGGAGUGACAAGUUGGAUGCUCACAAUAUUGAUGAUAAAUGUGGAAGACUCAACAACCAAUCUACUGAUAUACAAUACCAUCCUAACUCUGCUAAAUUUGAAGACAACUCAUCUACCCCAGAAACCUGGGCACAAUUCACCCACGAUAAACAUUGUAAGGAGCAGAGCGCAGAAAGGAUGGCUUCCAUCAACUUGAGAUCGUUGAUAGACAACGUUUUGCACGACACAUCGGAUGAUAUGAGAGAACAAUGCAACUCAGUGAAUGAAGCAUUUGCCAAGAGAGUGGAAGAAAUGAACGACGCAAAGACCAAGUUGGAAAACCAUUUGCAGAAGGUACUCAUCGAAAUUGGUAAUCAAGAGAAGAACAUUGCUAUGUUGAAAGUUGCCGUCAAUGACAAGGAACCACCAAUGCAAGUGUCUCAAACUCGCUUGCAUCACAGAACUUAUAGACCAGCUGUUGAAUUGUGCAGAGAUCCUGUCCAGUACAGGCUUGUUUCUGAAGUUGGUGAAAUCACUCAUAGCAUUGAGUCUCUAAAGCAGCGUCUUGCCGAAGCCGAGCGUUCUCUGCAAGAUCUGAUGGAUACUAGAAUGGCUCUCGAGAAGGAAAUUGCAGUCAAAGCAAACAGUCUUUUCAUCGACCGUCAGAAAUGUAUGACCGUACGCAACCGAUAUCCCCACAGUUAUCAAACUGGCUGCUAUCAGUAAAAGAACUUUUCAACUUUUAGACAUUUUUUGGGAGGGAAAUUUUUGGGGGUUCCAUGGGGGGUGGGGGGUUAAUGCGGCCAUUUCUUUAUAUACAGUCUAUAAUUUGUUAUAACUUUGGCCUGUCUUUAAAAGUGUAUGAAGUUUUGACGUUUUUGUGGCUAAUAAAGCGAUAUAUUGUAAUAAAUCUAUGUAGUAUAAAUACCUUUUGUAUCAUCCUAGAUUGGAUAUUUUACUGUUUAUAUAGUUAAAUCAAGCAUUUUUGCCUUAUUUUGGCAAUUUUGGUGCCACAUUGCACUUAUAUUCAGUUGCAUACACAUUCCGUGUUUUUAUGAAGCCAUUUUGAAAUUAUUUUAAAUUGUAUAUAUUAUAACCAUCUGUAAAAUGUAGCUUAUUGAUUGUUUAAUUUUAAACAAAUAAAUACACCUGAAUGCUUC